UGAUUUAACGGCCGCUGCUCGAGACAGUGAAUGUGCGCGUGCGCAGAAUGGCCGCACCUUCGUGUCUCCAGUGAGAGGGAGAGUGCUCCUAUCCCCCCCUCCCUUCUCUCAUUCCCAUCCGGAGCUGCUGACAAUGGCUGGGAAGCUGGUGAAUGGCGGCUCAGUGCCCAACACGACGUGCUUGCAGGGUCUGCCGCCCCUGCCCAAGAGCCUGAGUGGUUUGCUGAAUUCGAGCGGCGGCUCGUGGCGAGAAAUGGAGCGGGUUUAUGCCAAGCGGUGCCGCAUCCAGGAGGACCUGAGCCGGGGCCGCACCGCCAGCAGCAGCCGCCACGCCAACCGGCCCAGCAAACCCGCCAACCUGGAUGCUGCACUGGCCCUGCUUCGGAAAGAGAUGGUUGGUCUGCGUCAGUUGGAUAUGUCAUUGCUAUGUCAGCUAUGGUCUCUCUAUGAAUCCAUCCAGGAAUAUAAAGGAACAUGCCAAGAUUUGUCAGCUGCAGCAAAUUCAGACUGUUCGUAUGGAUUGGAAAACGGUUAUUUUGAUGAAGAAGAGGAGUAUUUUCAGGAACAAAGUGUUGUGGAAAACGGGAAGGCUGACAACUUAGAGACACAUCUUGCAGUGCCUAAAACACACAAUUCACGAGACCAGUGGAUGCAGGAUUCCUUUCAUAUCACUAUAUAGCAGAUGUCCUACAACUUUGACCUUCUCACUGUUUUUGACAUUGUGCUGUUAUAGAUUUUGAAAGGUAUUCAUGCGAGGGUUGGUUUUGUUUGGGGCAAAAGGUGGUGGGUGGCUGAAAAGAGUGAGGAUAAAAUUUUAGUAACCAGAUUUAGUUAAGCAAAUUUACUUAAGUUGUCAUUUAUAGUUUUAAAUGCCAUACAUUUGAAGAAACCUUUAAUAAGCUUGGUUCUUAAAAAUGAUUUGUUUUUUGUUUGGAAAGAGUAAGAUGUUUUGAACCAGCAUUAAUUUUUCAUAUUGCAGACUCUGCAACAGGUAUUUCACCACCUUUCUGGAUCAUUCUUCACCUUUCUAGAUUCUGGGACUUGUUGUUGGACUAUACCGAAAUUGAAGUGUGAUUGGCAGACUUGCUUUUCAAGUUGGUGAACAAAUGAGAGUUCUGUAGGUACCACUAAUGUAAAACACUGUGAUUACCACAUUAAGGGCUAAGAAUUUAAAUCUGGCUUCAGUCGACUGAAUGUAAACAACUUUUUUAAAACCUAUUUCCAAUUUCAAUUGCAGUGAAGGAUAGAACUGAUCCUUCUUAUCAUGUUACACCAGGGUGAAAGGCCAAUCUAUGCCAAGUGUAAAUGCUUUGUGCUGAGUAUAAAAUGCUAUUAGGUAAGAGUUUGAUACAAGUCUGCAUGCCAAGUAGUCCUGUGCUUCCUGUUCUGAGAGCUGUCCAGCUCUGAAAAAUGGUUUAAGUUGUGAAUAUAUAGUGAAUUGAGCUAGACAAGAGAUUUAAAGCAAAAGUAUCUGAGUAUUAUUAAAUUAAGAAUUUUCAUAUUACUGACUGAUAACUCUGGCCUAUCUUACUCUGCAUUAAUCCAACAAAGUUGGUUUUUCAUUAUUUGAUCUAAUAAAAAUGGUGUGCAGACUAGAAGAUGGUUUGGGAGGUAUGCACCUCUUUUAGAAAUGUUCCUGGGAACUGAUAAAUGAAGUUUGGAAUGCAAUUGCAGUAGCUCAAUUGGAUGGACAACUUGCUUGAGAUGUAGAAAUAUGCCAGCAGCAUGGGUUCAGUUCCCACACCAGCUGAAAUUACUAUGAAGAACUCUUCCCCUCAACCUCUCCCCUUGCUUGAAGUGUGGCGACCCUCUGGUUCAACCUCCUCUCUCUCUCUCUCUCUCCCUCUCCCUCUCUCUCUCUCUCUCUCCCUCUCUCUCUCUCUCUCUCUCUCUCUCUCUCUCUCUCUCUCUCUCUCUCUCUCUCUCUCUCUUUAAUGAGAGAGCAGCCCUAUGAUCCAAUAGGACUAUGGCAGCUUUAUCUUUUAUAUUUGCCACUCAUUGUCACAAAAAUCUAUUUAAAAUAUUACCGUGCUACCACCAAGUACUUCAAAUGCGAUUUGGAUUGACUGUCUGUCUGAUAAUUGAAAUGAAUAUAGGAGUUUGAUUUGAAUUUAUUAAUGUGAUAGCAAUAUUUCUGUAGAAUAAGUAGCAUCAAUUUGAGACUCUUAAAUGUUAAAUGGGAGAGAAACCAAUCUGAUCACUUAAAUAUAGCACUCUACUUGAAUUGUUGGCAGGAAUAAGCUCCCUAUAUGUAGCAUUCGUUAUGGAAUUUAUUUAUUUUUUUUAAUAAAUUUCUAUUGCUGAGGUUUACCGGAUUUUUAUUUUACAAAUAAGUAAAAUGAUCCACAAUUAAAACCCAGCAGAAGUAUGAGUGUCACUGAGGAGAUUGGCUUUUAUAAUCUCUGAGUUACAUUGGUUUUAUUGUACACGGAGUACAAAUGUGCAGCUUGCAUUUCAAACUAAAAGUGCAAUUUCUUAACUGUAUAGAACUCUAAUCAGAAUGCAUUUGCUUUUAAUUCUUCAAUGGUUGUUAGUCUUUUUGUAACUGAUUUUGUAUCUGAGGUUCACAAUCUUGAACUGUCAAUACAACAGUACUUUAUAACAUUAUUUCUUAUUUAUAAAAGUUUAGUGCAGAAUUCUAUGUGAACACUUGUAUUUAAAUGGUUUGGUUAAUUCUUUUAUAAGAGGAAAAAAUACGGUUUAAGAUUUCUUACAUAGUUCUUUACUAGAUCUGCAUCUGUGGCACAUUUCAGACUCUGGAAUUGUCAUGUACCAGAUGUCGAGACUGAGUAUUCAUGCACCAUUCUAGUGGGGAAAACUAGGAUUUUGUGGUGUUUUCCAUGGAGUUUUAACGUCAUUUGAACACAGAAGUAACCCAUUAGAAUGUUUUUUAAAAACUGGGUGAGCCAGCUGCCCCAUCAACUUGUUAAUUUACAGUUUGAUAAAUUUACAAUUUUACCUAACAUGUAAUUUAUAGUGUAUUCAAAAGACCGCAAAAUCAACAAGUCUUCCAAUUUGCUAUACUGGAAAAAAAAUUCCAAAGAAAACAGCUAGGACAUUUAAUAUAAAGCUUUUAAUAUUAAACUGUUUUUUUUUUUGCACCUGUAUAUUCUGCUCCUACAAUAUUAGUUUCCUUUGCUGCAUUUGAGUUACAUGCAUGACACUGAUCUGCAUGCAGAGUAUGGUGCUCCAGUUUGUAAUGGUUCAGGAAAGGAUGAACCUCCAUCACUACAUCUGGUUCUAAAGAAAUAAAAUACUUUUUGAUUCCUGACUUUAAGACUGUUAUAUAUAAAUCUUUUAAGUGCAUUUGUUUUUGUUUUUAAAGUUUUGGUGUGAAUCUUAUUUUUAAAAAGGCUUUUUAUUUUCUAGUGUGUUGUAAACAAAGUCUCAGCAAUAUUGAAAAAUGCAUGUUUUCCC